UGAGAAAGUUCCAAAACACACUCGCCGAUCAUCUGUUCACGUCUGGUUCUGCUUCAAAGUGAUUUUUCUAAAAAUAUUUCGACUCUGCAGCCGAGCCGAAAUUUGAUUUCGGCGAACAGACCAUCGAGGAUUCCGAGUCCACUCCGUCAGGACGCAAAAAUGUGAGCGAAUCGCCGGAAAAAGUAUGAAAUUCACCCACGAGCAAGUCGGCAAGGCACAAGUCGACGACAUGCCGAUCCGCUCUGACGGCCCGACGAGACCAAACACGGUCGGCUUCGAGGUUCUGCACAGCUGGACGGACGACCUGCCCGUCUGCAGAUACUCUGGAGUUGGACUUUCGACGAACCAGAUUUACAGGGAAGACGGAUACAGGCAGGAGGACCACGAGUUCGAGGACCGGAGUUUCCACUUCCAGCUGGACGACCAGACCUUUCUCUACGGAGUCUUUGAUGGACACGACGGUAUCCAGGCAGCGACCUUUGCUCUGCAGAGGACGGCGGCGGAAAUCCUCCUCGGCCAGCUGAGUGGCAAGACUUCGGACGAGGAGAUCAAGGACGUCCUUCGGCACACAUUCUUUGCCGUCGAGCGAGGCUACUUUGACUCAAUUGACGAUAAGCUGGCUGAGAGGACCAACCUGCAGCUGGAGAUUCCGCAGGGACUCAGUUCCUACGAGGCGUACCAAAAGUACCCGGAACUAGUCAACAAGCUCAAGAUGCUCAACAACGACAUCUCCUCCGGCACCACUGCUGUCGUCGCCCUCGUUUACAGAGGGAAGCUCUAUGUGGCUAACGUCGGAGACAGUCGGGCUCUCUUGUGCAAAACCGACGAGAAAGGGGUGCUCAGGGUGACGCAGCUCACAGUGGACCACGGACUGGACAACGAGGACGAACUGCUUCGUCUCUCGCAACUCGGUUUAGACGUCACCAAAAUAUGCCAUGGAUCUCGACUUGGAAACCAGGAGAACACGCGGUGCCUGGGCAACUAUCUGGUCAAAGGGGGCUACAAGGAGUUCGAAGAACUGGCUUGUGCCAUUUCGGAGCCCGUCAUUGCCGACCCGGAAAUCAACGGCGGCAUCCCAUUGGAUGAAAAUAGCAGGUUUUUGCUUCUGAUGUCUGAUGGACUAUACAAAUCUCUUGAAGAGGCAACGAAAACAGAGCAUGUCAACAUUGACAUUGCACAGAUAACUGUUGAACAGUUCCGGACUCAAGCCACUCUUUCUGGCGUGGCGCAGGCAGUGGUGGACAAGAUUGUCCGGCAGCACCACGACAUGUUUGUGGGCGGCGGCAAUUGCUCGCAGCGGGACGACAUCACCCUGAUGGUGCGCAACUUCAACUUCCCGAUGCCGAAUGCGCUCCCCAACAGUCCGGUGGCGUUGCCGGCCGUCGUCUUCAACCCCAUCGUCCAGCGUAUCACCUACCAGGCCAUCGACAGCUCCUCCACCAUGCCAGAGUCCACCCUGUCCAGCAACAACUCUUACUUGCAGACUUGUUCUUCGAGUGAGACAAAUGAUAGCAGCUCAGGGCGCUACUCGAGUGGCACCAACAGUCAAGCCAGAAUCAAAGCCUACGUCGACUUUUCUUCUUACUACGCCAGUGUCGGCAACGAGUCGGACCAAAAUUCAAAUGGCAGCUUACAAUCGUAGUUCCUAACUUGUGUAAAUUUUAUUUAUUGGCGCCCUAAAGUUAUUUUGUCCGUAUAGAUAAAGUUUGUUGAUUUAUUUUAUGUUUGAAUAAAAAAGCUCGCAUUUUAUUAAAAUUUAUCUAUCAAGACUUUUCAAUUUUGUUUAGGACAG